UAUUUAUAUUAUCUCUAUGGCUUAAAGCCCGACUGUACUUACAAUCUAUUGUAGAAACACUUUGAUAUGACUGAUUAAUUUGUGGUUAAGUUAAAGGAUAAAAUUCAAAAGAUUUUAAAGAAUUUCUUAAAAUCUAAUUUCUACAACUACAACACUUUUUGAAGUAAAUAUUUGGCAAUUUGAUUUCAAAAAGAUGCCUGUAAUUUAUAAAGAAGGAAAGGACACAAUUAUUUUCAAUUCUGAGGAGGAAUAUGCGACCCCUAGUAAAAUUAGUCUCCCUGAAAUAGAACCAAGUCCCGGUCUCAUUUUGUCUAAUGGGGAAAUAAAUUGGAAUUGUCCUUGUCUUGGUGGUAUGGCAACAGGACCAUGUGGCGUUGAAUUUCGAGAAGCAUUUUCCUGUUUUCAUUAUUCAACAUCCGAUCCAAAAGGCCAUGAAUGCUAUGAUGCUUUUAAAUUAAUGCAAGGUUGCAUGACAAAUUAUCCUGGAUUGUAUGGCAAUAAAGAAAUAAAUAUGGAUGAAACUGCUGAUAAUGAACAAACAUCAAAAGAAGAUAAUAUGAAAAGUUUAAAUGAUAAUGAAGUAUUACACUUACAACAAGAAAACAAAACAGAAUUAGUGAGCAAAAAGUAGUUUAUAAAUAAAUUAGAUAAUGUUUUACAAUACUUGUAAAAAAAAAAUCAAAGCAUUUUUAUUGCAUAAACUCCUAUUUCCUUCAGUGUUUAUAUCUUCUACAUUAUUAAUUCAAUUUUGAUCUGCAACGACUUAUUUUUAUCGUAAACACGCUUUUUUUAUGAAGGUAAUUUACAGAAAAAGUCAAUCAUUUUCUUAAAUUUUGUUAAAAAUAAUGAGAAAUUCCAGAAAAUUUAUAAAUACCUCCUAAAUCGUCAGUCUAAUUAAAAUAUGUGUGACUUUAACAGUUAAAAGGGACCUUACGUCCGAAAUCAAGUUUUCGAGAAAAACGACUUCAAAGUCGAAAAUGAUGCUCCUGCACGUUGAAAUCGCUUGAAACUCUUUACUCAGGGGUUUUUCUGGUCGCUGAUUAUGAAUCUGCCAUCAGAUUUUCAAAAUUCAAAAUGGCGGAUCCAAUAUGGCACCUGAAAAAAUGAAAGAAUCAUAUGGAUUCGCUUCAAACAUAUUGUAAGUUUAACAAAUUGAAAUGAAACUUGUUACUCGGGGGGUUUUUGAGGUCGCUGAUUAUGAAUUUGCCAUCAGAUUUCAAAAAUUUUAAAUGUCUUAAAACUCGUUUAAUAAUCUGAUGUAAAAUUCGUAAUCAGCAAUCUCAAAAACUCCCCGAGUAAGAAGUUUCAAGCAAAUUGAACUAAUUUUUAAUUUUGUCAUCCGCCAAAUUGGAUCCGCCAUUUUGAAUUUUCAAAAUCUAAUGCCAGAUUCGUAAUCAGCGACCUCAAAAACCCCUGAGUAACGUGUUUCAAGCAAAUUUGAUCAAUUUUUAUUCACCUAUUUUCUACUUAAAUUUCUUACGAAUUUUUUAACCAGUUGCGUCCAUCUUUGAAACGUAUUUGUACAAAGACUAAUGAAGCUGGAGAUGUGCGGUUUGUUGCAUUAUAAAGAACACAUCUUUUUCUAUAAGAAUCAACAGAAAAGUGAAAAUUAAUUUUUUCGGACAUAAGAUCCCUUUUAACUGUCCUGGUCACAUGUUAUAAAUACAUAAUUGUUUAUAAGAAAUUACCUUUAAUUUAUUUUAAAGAAAAUUGAAAUCAGUCAACUACAUCUGGAGAUAAUUGUAAAUUAUCAUAAAUCAUGAUUUAUUAUUUUUUUUUUCGAAACUCAAAACAUUGAAAUUUAGCUAUAGAGUUAAAAUUUUUAAAGUGGACCACCCAAAUUAAAGAUGUACUGUAUUUGCUUGGAAAUAUAGAAAAUUAAAACAUUA